ACAUUAAUCCAAAACUUUGUUUCUUUAUUUAGGAGUCUUGCGCCAAGUCAUGAUUACGCUCUGUGAAGAGAGCCUUUCAAGCAGAAAAACAUAGGAAAAUGUAAAAGGACCAUAAACUUCUCUUUCUAUAUAAAAAAACCAUACCACUACACAGAACUUCGAGCUCACGGUGGAACAGAACAGGAAUCUAAAUGAAGAAAGCACCUUCGCCGGAACCCGUCACUAUCUCCGGCAACCAUUCGCCGCAUCAUGACCAAGAAAAGUUCGCCGGAGACGUGGAGUACUACUCUUGGUUCGACGAAGCUUGCAUCCAAGACAUGAACUACUUCGUCAAAACCAUCACCGGCAUCAAAUCCAAAGGCAUCCGACCAGACCUCAUCGGCUCAAUCAUCGCUCAUUACGCUUCCAAAUGGCUCCCUGAUCUCUCCGGCAACGUCUCCGCCAUCACGACACCACCACCGACGGAAAGCGUCACGGCUUCUGUAAUGAAAAAACGUUUUUUCGUCGAAACCCUUAUCGGAAUCCUCCCGCCGGAGAAAGACUCCGUUCCUUGCAACUUCCUCCUCCGUCUACUCAGGACGGCGAAGAUGGUCGGAGCGAAUCCUAACUACUUAACGGAGCUCGAGAACAGAGUGGCUUGGCAGCUGGACCAAGCCUCGCUCAAGGAGCUCAUGAUACCUUCCUUCAGCCACACGUCUGGGACUUUGCUUGACGUUGAGCUCGUGACUCGUCUCGUGAAGAAGUUCGUUGGCUUGGAUAGUGAAGGUGUUAAAACCGGCGCGGCUUUAGUUAAAGUGGCUAAGCUUGUUGACUCUUACUUGGCUGAAGCCGCCCUAGACGGUGGCUUGACUCUACCGGAGUUUAUAUCCCUUAUUGAAGCUCUGCCUAGCUAUGCUCGUACCACGGAGGAUGGCUUGUACCGCGCCAUUGAUACAUACCUCAAGGCUCAUCCUCAGGUGUUGAAGCAAGAAAGGAAAGAACUUUGCAGACUCAUUGAUAGCAGAAAGCUAUCACCAGAAGCAGCUCUCCACGCGGCUCAGAACGAUCGCCUCCCGGUGAGAUCAAUCAUCAGAGUGUUGUUCACCGAGCAGACAAAGCUAAGCCGUCACGUUGACUGGAGUGGUAGCUUGACGAGGAGUCCAACAAACCCUUCUGGCUCACAUUACUUUGAGCAAGGAGGCUCUGGAGCGAGGUGCUUGUCUAAACGCGAGAUGAACGUUCAGCAAGCAGAGAUAAAAAGACUUAGAGAGGAUGUGGCGAGGCUGCAGAGCGAGUGCAGUGCCAUGCAUUUGCAGGUUGAGAGGCUUUUGGAGAAGAAGAGUGGUGGGAGUAAAGGGUUUUUCAGGUGGAAGAGGCUAGGGUUAGUGCCUUCUAUUAGAGGAAGUGUUAGCGUUGAAGAGAUGACGAACUGUGAGAAUGGUGAAGGGUUUGAACCUCAGACUCCUGGGAAUAUGAAGACAAGGCUUGUCAAAGGAAGAACACCUUCAAGAUGGAGAAAAUCUAUGUCUUAGCCAGUGUCGUCUAAUAGCAAAUGCAAGUGGAACGAUCAAACAUGGUUUGAGUGUAAAUUUUUUUAAAAUUAUAUAUUUUUAUUUUUUAAAAAAUAAUAAAUAUGUAAAAUAGAGUCUAAAAA